AUGCAUGAUACAUCGUCGUCGACACCCUUCAGUGAGCCCAUCACUCCUUUAACGUCAGCCUCCUCCUCAUCUUCUUCGCCUCUCUACCCAGCUAGCGUCGUUGGCACACCCAAGCAUACACCCACAAUUGCCCCAACAGCAGGCCAAGCUCAAGGACAACUCGACUUGAGUAUGAGGCAAUCAGCGUCAGCUGGUCGUACCUUCGGUCGCCUAGAGCCUCAACUGACAGGCCAGCUUUGCCGAAAGGUCCUCACAGGGCGAGGAGGACGAAGGCUGAUUGUGCCUCGUUGGGUGCCCAGUCUCUCCAGCCGUGGUCAUUAUGCUAUACUUGUAGGGCACCAAUUGGUGUUCUACGAGCACAAAGAAGGUGAACGAAUCAUUCUAACCCACUUUUAUUAA